CCUGAGAGUAAUAAGACAGAGUGGUUUUGUUUAUUUAAGAGAGGGGGAGAAAGCAGGACAGAAAUCGAAGAAACAAGUUGUAUAGUAGUGGGGCUAUCAUCACGGUCUGUAUACCUUUUGAAACAAACCUUACGCUGUUUUGCAUUAUUAGUACGUGAUAAACUACUUUAAGGAAAAAUCAAAAUGCCGUUGAAAUUUGCAGCAAAUAUAUCUACUAUGUUUAAAGAGUAUGAUAGUUUAGUGGACAGAUAUGAGGCUGCUAAAAACAUGGGUUUUAACGCUGUAGAAAGUCAGUUUUUGUAUAAUUACCCGUUAGAGGACAUCUCGGCAGCAAGGUCAAAAGCAGGAAUAACACAAGUUUUGAUAAAUUCUGCUCCAGGUAAUAUUGAAGCAGGAGACUUUGGCUUUGCUUCCAAACCACACUAUGAAGCUGAAUUCAUCAGUUCUAUGGAUUUGAGUAUGACGUAUGCUAAGGCAUUAGGUUGUAAAAUGAUCCACAUCAUGGCUGGAAAUCAAUCAAGAUAUAUCAAAGAUAGUAAUGUUGAGGAAGUGUAUAUUGAGAACUUGGUGAAAGUGUUGGAUCUAUAUUCACAGGAAGGUAUUACAUUUGUAAUUGAACCUAUAACACAACUUCUGAAACCAAAUUAUUUUCUGACAAGUUUUGACCAAGCUGUAAGUUACAUCAAAAAGAUCAACAGUCCCUUUUUGAAGCUUCAACUGGAUAUCUUCCACCUACAAAUGAUAUGUGGCAAUCUUACAAACAACAUAAGGGAACUUCUACAGUAUGUAGGACAUAUUCAGGUUUCUCAAGCACCAAAUCGAGAUGAACCAUCUGCUCCUGGAGAAAUUAACUACCAAUAUGUAUUCAGUCUGUUGGAUGAACUACGAUACGAUGGGUGGAUUGGUCUGGAAUACACUCCAAAAGAGUCAACACGUGAGGGAUUAAAAUGGAUUGAAGAAUAUGGUUACAAACUCUAAGAUCGUCGUUUGGAUUGAAGAAUACGGUUACGAACUCUAAGAUCGUCGUUUGGUAACUUGCUUUUGAAUGUUUUAUUUGUCUGGUAAAAACUUGUUUCUCUGUGACCUGCUGUACUGUUAAUAACCUGCUAACAUUUGUGGCUGAAUUAAAGAUUAAAUAAUUUUGUUUCUUAAAUUGUACUUGAAUUGUAAUUAAUUUUUGUAGCCAACGUAUGAUUUUACUUCGUGACAGUCUUAGUUUGGGAAAAUUCUACAUUUUGUAAAAUGUUUGUACAUUGAGAAGUGAGAAGGUUUCCUCAGUUUCAAAUUAAUAAAAUUAUCCUUCAUGCAAAGUU